AUGGAUGUAAGUCUUCUAAUUGAAAUAGAACGAAUAGCUAGUUCACAGAAUAAAACGAACUCAAAUGAUUGCUACUCUGCGUCAGCUACAACGAGAAACACAACAUCAUCACCAGUUUCAUCGACAUCAAGUUUCACACCUUCGACUGUUGUCAACUCGAGCUAUUCAAGCACAUGGACUACCAAUAGUCAAACGUUUGCUCGAAUAUCCGGUGGUGUUGCCAACUAUUACUACCAAGCAAUUCGAGUGAUUGUGAAUACUUCGGGCAAUUACAAUAUCACAAGCAGCAGUAACGUCGACACUUACGGUUAUUUGUAUGCGACCGCUUUUUAUCCUUCAAACAUUAGUCUCAAUCUUAUUGCACAAGACGAUGAUUCAGGUGGUAGUUUGCAGUUCGAAUUUGGUCGAUUCUUCAAUUCUAGUGUUGUUUAUAUUUUGGUUGCAACGACGUACUCAGGAGGUGUAAUGGCUCCAUUCUCAAUCAUUGUUUCAGGUCCAUCUAGAGUUAGUUUGCUUUACAUAAAUACCACAUCAGUAACACCUAUGAACAGCACAACUGCCACAAUUGCUUCAACUACUCAAGGAACAACACCAUUGCAAACACCAGCAGUAGCGAUGAAUUCAUCGUGCCUAGUAUGGAACCAAAAUCCUAUCGCCGUUGCAGGAAAUGGAACUGCAGGUAAUAAUACGCGUUCAUUAAAUGGACCAUGGGAUUUGUCAAUUGACACAAAUCUAAAUCUAUAUGUUAGUGACGGUGGCAACAAUCGUAUUAUAAAGUUUUCAAGUGGCAAUUUGGUUGGGAUACCACUGAUAAGUCGAGUCGGCAAUGGUCUUAGCCAAGUUUCAAACCCAUCAGGAUCCAUCAUGGACGCUAACGGUAAUUUAUACAUUUCCGACAUGUUCAAUUACAGAAUAAUGAAAUAUGCUAAUAUUUCUUCCGCAUCACAAUCUAUCAUCGGUCAAGUUGUUGCCGGUGGUAGUUUUGGAUUUAAUUACAAUCAACAAUGGAUAUCUUGGGGCGUAGCAGUCGAUGCUCUUGGCAAUGUUUUCGUAUCUGACUAUGGAAAUAAUCGCGUAAUGAAAUGGGCACCACGAUCUACUAAUGGAACUCUAGUAGCUGGAAUAGGAAAUGGUACCGCGGGAAACGGUACGAAUCAACUUUCAUGUCCAUUGGGUAUUUACAUUGAUCAAAGUAUGGCGCUUUACAUCGCCGACGCUUGCAAUGGACGAAUUCAAAAGUGGCUAUCCGGUGCAUCAACAGGUACAACAGUCGGCGGUGCUAACGGACAACUAGGUUUUCCGACUGAUGUUUCUGUUGAUAAUUACGGGACCAUUUACGCAUGGAGUGCUGGUGGACUCUAUCGAUUUUAUCCGGGUUCGACGUCGGGUACCAUUGUUAUUUCAUCUUAUACAGUAUGUUUUGGUUUUAAAUUCGACUCAGUUGGUAAUGUAUACAUUGCUGACUAUGAGUCGAAUGUGAUAAGCAAAUAUACCGUCAACAGUACAAGUUGUGGUACUAGAAUGGCAUCAAUUUCAGUUGCAUCAUCAAAAGUUGCCUCAAUGGCGGUUCCAAAUCAUCGAGCCAUUGUAGAAGCGGCCAUAUUGAAAACUCGAUCCUAA